GUACAUGGUUAACAAAGAAUGAAGAGGAGAGAAGAAAAUGGAUUACGAAUACAAGCUAAAAACGGCACAGGAGCGAGCCAAAGUAGAAGAUUUAUUUGAAUUUGAAGGUUGCAAAGUUGGUCGAGGUACAUAUGGACAUGUCUAUAAAGCUAAAAGGAAAGACAGAACUGUAUCUAACAACGAUGGACGAGAGUAUGCUCUUAAACAGAUUGAAGGUACUGGGAUCUCAAUGUCUGCCUGCCGGGAAAUAGCACUCCUACGAGAACUACGACAUCCAAAUGUGAUCAGUCUACAGAAGGUGUUCCUCUCUCACCUCGACAGAAAAGUCUGGCUCUUGUUUGACUACGCUGAACAUGACCUUUGGCAUAUAAUCAAGUUCCACCGGUCAGCAAAGGCCAACAAGAAACCAGUGGAUGUCCCGAGGAACAUGGUCAAGUCCCUUUUGUUCCAGAUCCUUGAUGGAAUUCACUAUUUACAUGCUAACUGGGUGCUCCAUAGAGAUCUGAAACCAGCAAACAUCCUUGUGAUGGGUGAGGGAGUAGAGCGAGGAAGAGUCAAGAUUGCAGACAUGGGAUUUGCCAGGUUGUUUAACUCUCCUUUGAAGCCCCUUGCUGACCUUGACCCAGUGGUUGUGACCUUUUGGUACAGAGCUCCAGAACUUCUCCUUGGUGCUAGACAUUAUACAAAAGCUAUUGAUAUAUGGGCCAUUGGUUGUAUAUUUGCCGAACUGUUGACGUAUGAACCAAUAUUCCACUGUAGACAAGAAGAUAUAAAAACAAGUAACCCCUAUCACCACGAUCAACUAGACCGGAUAUUUAAUGUCAUGGGCUUUCCUCUCGAGAAAGACUGGGAAGACAUCAGAAAGAUGCCAGAACACCAAACACUAAUGAAGGAUUUCAAAAGAUCUAUAUAUGUGAACUGUACAUUAGUGAAGUACAUGGAGAAACACAAGGUGAAGCCUGACAGUAAACAAUUCCACUUGUUACAGAAGCUGCUAACAAUGGAUCCAACAAAGAGGAUAACAUCAGAACAGGCAAUGAAGGAUCCAUACUUCAUGGAGGAUCCUCUACCAUCACAGGAUGUUUUUGAAGGCAAGGUGAUCCCAUACCCCAAACGUGAAUUCCUGACAGAUGACGACGAUGACAAGGCAGACACAGGGGCCAGUAAAGUUGGGGACAAGGGAGGUGCAGAUCAAUCGUCGGGACACAACCAACCGCCAGCUAAGCGUGUGAGGGUCAUGCCUCCGGUGACAACUACAACAAGUUCUUCUAUGGUAACUAGCGAUUUCCAGGGCGGCAGCUGGUACACAUACAAACCCACCCAGCAUAUGCACAAUGUACAAGGGGGAAACCAACAAGGAAUGACCUUCACCUCGGGGAACCACUCCCAGACAUCCACUUCUACGACAUAUGGACAAUCACGGUUUUAGGUGACCUUCACCUCGGGGGAACCCCUCCCAGACAUCCACUUCUAUGACAUAUGGACAAUCACAGUUUUAAGUGUACUCAGUAACUAACUGAGAAUGCCUUCACCUUUGGAAACUACUCCGAGAAGUCCACUUUUAUUACAUAUGAACACCUUUCGGAUGUUGUCAGGAUAUUACACAGGGAAGUUAACUUCAUAAUUCCUGUGUAGAAAUUCACCCAGAGACAACAG